CCGCUCCCCAUAAAAAGAGGGACGCGGCCCAGCCUCCGUACCGUGCGGCGGCGCUCGAGCUUCGAGGCGGCGGCGGCUGUGACAGCGCGUUUCUUCCCCGGGCUCAGUAAGAUUCAAGACCUGAAAAAAUGGCAUUAGCAGCAAUUGAUCCACAACAGAACAUUGUAUCAAGGGUAGCAAACCUUCCUUUGGUGAGCUCCACUUAUGAUAUGGUGUCUACAGCCUACAUAACCACAAAGGAUAACCAUCCCUAUUUGAAGUCAGUAUGUGAGAUAGCAGAGAAAGGAGUGAAGACAAUUACUUCAGUAGCCAUGACUAGUGCUAUGCCUAUCAUCCAGAAACUGGAACCACAGAUUGUGGUUGCCAACAACUAUGCUUGUAUAGGUCUUGAUAAAAUUGAAGAGAGACUUCCUAUACUGAAUCAACCCACUGAUAAGGUUGUUGCCAAUGCUAAGGGUGUAGUUGUUGGAGCCAGAGAAGCUGUAACAACCACCAUGACUGGUGCCAAGGAAACUGUUGCUCACAAAAUCACUGGAGUUGUGGGCAAGACUAAAGAAGCAGUGCAAGACAGUGUAGAAAUGACUAAGUCUGUUGUCAAUGGUGGCAUCAACACUGUCUUGGGAAGUCGUGUGGUGCAAAUGAUGAGCAGUGGAAUGGACAGUGCUCUCACUAAAUCAGAGACCCUUGUAGACCAGUAUCUCCCACUAACAGAAGCAGAACUAGAAAGAGAAGCUGCGAAAGUUGAAGGUUUUGAAGUUGGAGUCCAAAAGCCAAGUUAUUAUGUUCGACUAGGAUCUCUGUCUUCAAAGUUCCGUGCACGUGCCUACCAACAAGCCUUAAACAAAGUGAGAGAUGCUAAACAAAAAGGCCAGGAGACAAUUUCUCAGCUGCACAACACUGUUAGUCUGAUCGAGUAUGCCAGAAAGAACAUGAAUAGUGCCAAUCAGAAACUUCUUGGUGCUCAGGAAAAGCUUUAUCAAUCCUGGGUAGAAUGGAAGAAAAAUACAGGUCAAAAUGAUGGUGAUGAAUCGCAUAGUGCUGAGCACAUUGAGUCAAGAACUCUAGCUAUUGCGCAGAGUCUCACUCAGCAGCUUCAGACCACCUGCCUCACACUGGUUACGAGCAUACAGGGGCUGCCACAGAGUGUGCAGGAUCAGGUUUACAGUGUUCGCUCAAUGGCUGGUGAUGUCUACGAAAUCUUCCGAUCGGCAUCCUCCUUCCAGGAACUAUCAGACAGCUUUCUUACUACUAGCAAAGGACAGCUGAAGAAAAUGAAGGAGUCUCUGGAUGAUGUGAUGGAUUAUCUUGUUAACAACACACCGCUCAACUGGCUGGUUCCAGAUUUCACUAUUACAGACCUGUCUUCAGAGUCAGAUGAUAUCCCAGACAUCUUGGAUUUGGACGAAGAAGAUCAGCAAGACUUUUCACGCACAAAUGGCCCAUAUACUACAGGGCAAAGAGCUGAAUGAAGAGAAAGAGGAAAAUGUAUUUUUGAUACAUUGUAUUCUUGCCACGUUUAACUUAUAUUUCUCCUUUUAAAAGUCGAAUCUACCUACCUUUGGACUUUUUUUUUUUUUUUUUUUUUUUUUUUUUUUAAAUCAGAGCUGUUUCUUCUAGCUGCAUCAAAACUGACUAUUCUUUCCAAGGACUACAUGCUAAAUUAAUUUAUUAGCUUUUGUGUCAAGCUCCUGUUCUACAAGCCAGGUAUAGCCUAACGAGCAUAUCCAAUGUUCUAGUAUUUGCUAAUUAUUUGUAUAGCUGUUUGUUUUCCAGUUGGCAACAGCCAAGAGAACACCCCAGUGCUUUGCAUAAAGGGCUGCCAACAAAAGGAGUUUAUGAGGAUUUGCCCCACAACUUCUCCUUCCAGUCUUCCCAAAAAAGCUCUUCUGCAUCUACCUCUUUGCUGCUGGGAGGGGCAGGAGACUUGGGCCAUCUCAGAUUCUCUCAGGUUGAUUUUUCUGGGCUCUAUGCCCUAACAGCAUAGAGAUGGGUCCCUUUGGCAUGGGUGCUUUGUGUACAACAGGAUGUUCCUUCUUUCCGCUUUACCUCCUGCAUGCAAAAUUGCUGGCCAUCCCGAUGCUGACUGUUGUGAGGCCUCAGCAGGAGAGGCUAAAUGCUCGAAAAGGAAGUGGAGCAGAAGGAUGGCAGCUGGAAAUGGAGGGGGAAGAUACUAGGAAAUGAGAGGGAAUAGAGAAGGGUAAGGUAGAAGCAGAUUUAUGAUAAGAAAAAGGUUUAAAAAGUCAAGAAGCGAAUUGAAGGUAGGGGUGUUUCUGUUGUCAGCAGUAACCUUCUCACAAUUAAACAAACACUGGGUUAACUGCUUGCUAGGAAAUGCCGAAGCCGCGCUAGAGAGCACACAGCGCUUUCUGAGUGGGCGGUGCCGGGCGGACGCCGCUCGCUGCGUUUCUCUGGGGAUCACAACCGCGCUUGGGCGCGGGGCCGCGCGUCGGCAGGGGCAGCGCG